AUGGAGGUCAUUCGCAGCUCCCCCGAAGCCUCCUCCUUCGUGCCACUGGCUGAACACCAGUCGCGCACCCCGAGCUCCUUCUACUCCGGACCCCCAGUAUUGUACUACCACAGCCAGCGCUGCAAGAUCGUCAUUCUCGAGCGCGAGCUACUCGCCGCCCCAGCACUGAAUGCCCUGCGCGGCCAGGAAGCUACCAACAACGCCGCCCUAAGCCAUGACCAGCAGGACGGCGACGAGAAGGAGAUCGCAAUCUCAGGCGUGGAUACCUGGGUAACAUCCGACAAGUUCCUGCUCUUCUCCCCCGCAGCAUCAACGGGCGUGUCGAUCCCCUACCCCUCGAUCUCCCUGCAUGCACUCCAACGCCUACGCGUCCCAGACUCCGAUGCCGAAGUCCAGGGCCUGUACAUGCAGGUCGCGACGCCGGAUGCGGGUGCGCCCUCUGCCGACGACGAAGAGGAAUGUCUCACAAUGACAGUGGUGCUGCCCGCCGACGCCGCGCUAGCAGAGCCCGUGGAGCGGGAGACGGACACACCCACGCAGCAGCUUUACGACGCUGUCUCGGCGUGCUCCAACCUACACCCGGAUCCUCUUGACCAGGGCGACGAGGAUGAUGGGGAUGGGCCUCGGUUCGUUUCGGCGGAGGAGCACGAUGGUGUCUUCCAGCUUGGAAAUGGUGGUUUGCCUCCGCCUGUUGAUGGCAGCUCUGGGUGGAUCACUGCGGACAAUAUGGAUCAGUUCUUUGAUGCAGAUGGGAAUUGGAUUGCUGCUGGUGAGCCGCCUUCUUUCCCGCUUGGGCCUGGCGCUGGGACUGUUCGGGCUCGGGAGGGCGAGAAUGGAGUCGAAGAGAAUGGUGUUGAGGAUGAGACGAAGUGGCGCAAGACGGAUUGA